UAGUUAAGAUGUGGAAGUUGAAGAUAGCAGAAGGAGGAAAGAAGUUGGUUUCAGGGAACAAUUUCAUAGGAAGACAACAUUGGGAGUUUGAUCCAAAUGCAGGAACACCACAAGAGCGUGCCGAGGUUGAAAGGCUGCGCCAAGAAUUCACUAAAAAUAGAUUUUCCAUCAAACAAAGCUCUGACCUCUUAAUGAGAAUGCAGCUCACAAAGGAGAACCAAUGUGGAGCAAUACCAGAAGCAGUGAAAGUGGGAGAAGAAGAGAAGAUAACAAAAGAAGCAUUGAUUACAACAAUGAGAAGAUCUCUCACUUUUUUUUCUUCUAUUCAAGCACAUGAUGGUCACUGGCCUGCGGACUUUUCUGGCCCUUUGUUUUUCAUCCAACCUUUGGUUAGCUACGAUCAAAUUCAUAAUAGUGUUUUUAUAUAA